UAUUUUUAAGAAGAGAUAAAUAAAGAUAUUAAAAGAAAUCAGUUAUGGAAAAUAACAAAUUGUUGAUGAUAAGGAUAAUGAGAUCAAUAUUUCUCAGUAAUAAAAAACAAAACAGAUUGUAUUAUCAUUACUACUUUUCUUAUUAUAUUCAUUAUCAUUGCCAUAUUAUCAGUCUCAUAUCGUGUUAUCAUUGCGUUGUCAAGGCGCUCAAAUUUGAAUCUGCAUAUGUGAGCUUGGUAAUAUAGAUAUAACGAUAUCGAUAUGUGCUGCUGCAUUGCGAUCCAUUUGUAAGGCUUCAGUCGGUCGCAAACUAAUAUGUGGAUAAACACGUGCAAAAUGUAUGCUCGUUUCACGAAUGUGUUAUGUAAAGUCAUAAAAUCUGAGAAUAGAUCUCUACGGAUUCGGCAAUUAUCAGCUGUGGCAAGUAAAGCUCAUGAAGUGGAGGAGCGAAAGAUCAAAGUCGACGGCAUGGAAAUAAAUUAUGCUAGGGUCGGCACAGGUGAUCAUCCAGUCUUACUUUUGCCUGGUGCGCUAGGAACAAUAUGGACCGAUUUUAAGCCCCAAAUAGAGAAUUUGGAUAGAAAUAAACUGACUAUAGUAGCGUGGGAUCCACCUGGUUAUGGAAAAUCGCGACCACCCAAUCGAACUUUCCCAGAUGAUUUCUUUCAGCGCGAUGCCACGUGGGCGCACAAUUUAAUGAAAACUCUGGGCUACACGAAAUUUUCUCUGGUCGGCUGGAGCGACGGUGGUAUCACAUCGCUUCUGUUAGCUUCGACAUAUCCCGAUAGCAUUCGCAAAAUGAUUGUCCUUGGUGCGAAUGCGUACAUACAUCCGGACGAGAUAAAAAUAUACGAAAACGUCAGAGACAUCAACAAGUGGUCGGAAAAAAUGAGGACACCUAUGAUACAAGUUUAUGGGGAAGAUUAUUUCCAGAAGACUUGGUCGAACUGGAUAGACAGUGUGCUGAGAUUAUACAAAACUCAAAAUGGUGACCUGUGCAAACAGAUUUUAUCGAAAAUAAAGUGUCCGACUUUAAUUAUUCAUGGAGCCAAAGAUGCGAUGGUCCUACCGGAACAUCCAACAUAUCUAAAAGAAAAUAUCGCUAAUUCAAAAGUGCAUAUUUUCGAAAAAGGCGCACACAAUCUUCAUUUAAGAUAUCCGGAGGAAUUCAAUAAUUUGGUUACAAAUUUCCUUCUUGAUCAAUCAAAACUUUAAUUACUGUCUCAUAUAAUUCAAUAGGAUAUAAUGUAUUAUAGGUGUAUGAUGAUAUUGUGAUGGCAUUUUAUCAUACCGUAUUAUUAUUUUGUAUAUUUGAAAUUUUGUAAUAAAAUAAUUUUUCUCAUUGCA